ACAGUACGCGAAAUACCGGAUUCACUUGAUCCUUCACACGGCAGUUUGGCAGGCAGGGAGAGAGAGAUAGAGAAACCGACACUAAUAGCUUUGCAACACUUAAGAGCCACGAGGGGAGGGAGGGGGAGAAGGUGUAUAAAUCUGGUGUGAUCACCAGAUCUGGAGAGAUACAGUGAGGAGCGUGUUUGGUUGGUAAGAAAUGGAGUACAUAGACAACUUGCCGCCGAUGGAUCUGAUGCGCUCCGAGAAGAUGACCUUCGUGCAGCUCAUCAUCCCCGUCGAGUCCGCUCACCACGCCAUUACUUAUCUCGGCCAGCUCGGCCAUCUCCAAUUUCGCGAUUUAAAUGCAGAUAAGAGUCCUUUCCAACGGACAUUUGUUAACCAGGUAAAAAGAUGUGCAGAAAUGUCGCGAAAGCUACGAUUUUUUAAAGAUCAGAUACAUAAAGCUGGUCUAUUGCCUUCACCCAAUCCUGCUUCUCAACCGGAUAUUGAAUUAGAAGAAUUGGAGAUUCAACUUGCAGAGCAUGAGCAUGAGCUGAUUGAAAUGAAUGCGAACAGUGAGAAAUUGCAUCAAUCAUAUAAUGAGCUCUUAGAAUUUAAGAUGAUACUGCAGAAGGCUGGUGAGUUUCUUGUUACUCAGAGUCACGCACCAGAUCAGGAAACAGAAUUAAAUGAAAAUGUGCACUCCAAUAAUGAUUAUGCCGAUACAGCAUCAUUACUUGAGCAGGAGCUGCGUCCUGAACUUUCCAGCCAGUCUGGUAUAAGAUUUAUUAGUGGCAUUAUCUGCAAGUCCAAAGUCCUUAGAUUUGAAAGGAUGUUAUUUCGUGCUACGAGGGGAAAUAUGCUUUUCAAUCAGGCAGUUGCUGAUGAUCAAAUCCUGGAUCCUACUUCAAAUGAAAUGGUAGAGAAAAUAGUAUUUGUAGUAUUCUUUUCAGGUGAGCAGGCAAGGACCAAAAUAUUGAAAAUUUGUGAGGCAUUUGGUGCAAGUUGCUAUCCUGUUCCUGAAGACGCCAUAAAACGAAGACAAAUUACUCUUGAAGUUUUGUCACGUUUAACUGAAUUGGAAACCACUUUGGAUGCUGGAUUACGUCAUCGAGAUAAGGCAUUGACCUCAAUUGGAUUUCAGCUAACCCAGUGGGCGAACAUGGUUAGAAGGGAAAAGGCUGUCUAUGACACUUUAAAUAUGCUGAAUUUUGAUGUUACAAAGAAAUGUCUUGUUGGUGAGGGCUGGUGUCCGAUGUUUGCAAAGGCUAAGAUUCAAGAGACUUUGCAGCGUGCUACAUUUGAUAGCAAUUCACAAGUGGGGAUAAUAUUUCAUGUAAUGGAUGCUAUUGAGUCACCUCCAACAUACUUCAGAACAAACCAUUUUACAAAUGCAUUCCAAGAAAUUGUUGAUGCAUAUGGAGUUGCAAAAUACCAGGAGGCAAAUCCUGCUGUUUAUACAGUCAUUACGUUUCCUUUUUUGUUUGCUGUGAUGUUUGGUGACUGGGGUCAUGGAAUUUGUUUGUUACUGGGAGCUUUAUUUCUUAUAGCUCGAGAGAAUAAGCUUGGUUCUCAGAAACUAGGGAGCUUUAUGGAGAUGCUCUUUGGUGGCCGCUAUGUGCUUCUCUUAAUGUCAAUAUUUUCAAUUUACUGUGGGUUGAUAUACAACGAAUUCUUCUCUGUUCCCUUUCACAUAUUUGGCAACUCUGCAUAUAAAUGCCGAGAUGCUACAUGCAGUGAUGCACGUUCAGUUGGCUUAAUCAAAUAUACAGACCCUUAUCCAUUCGGUGUGGACCCAAGUUGGCGUGGUAGCCGUUCAGAACUGCCUUUCUUGAACUCCCUUAAGAUGAAGUUGUCUAUCCUGUUAGGCAUUGCACAAAUGAACCUGGGUAUUAUAUUAAGUUACUUCAAUGCCCGCUUCUUCAACAGCUCACUUGAUAUUAAGUAUCAGUUUGUUCCACAGAUGAUUUUUCUCAACAGCCUUUUUGGAUAUCUUUCACUUCUCAUUGUUGUCAAAUGGUGCACUGGUUCUCAAGCAGAUCUCUACCAUGUUAUGAUUUACAUGUUCCUAAGCCCUUUUGACGAUCUAGGUGAAAAUAAAUUAUUUUGGGGGCAAAGUGUGCUGCAGGUUAUUUUAUUGCUUUUAGCCCUUGUUGCUGUUCCCUGGAUGCUCUUCCCAAAACCGUUUAUUUUGAAGAGACUCCACACUGAGAGAUUUCAAGGUCGUACAUAUCGGAUGCUUGGAAGCUCUGAGUUGGAUAUUGAGGAAGAGCCUGAUUCUGCCAGGGAGCAUCGGGAGGAAUUCAAUUUUAGUGAAGUUUUUGUGCAUCAAAUGAUACACUCUAUUGAGUUUGUCCUUGGUGCUGUAUCUAACACAGCUUCAUAUCUACGGCUAUGGGCUCUGAGUUUGGCUCACUCUGAACUAUCGACCGUAUUCUACGAGAAAGUUCUCCUCCUUGCUUGGGGGUAUGAUAACCUUAUCAUUCGAUUAGUGGGGCUGGCAGUGUUUGCCUUUGCAACAGCAUUCAUACUGCUCAUGAUGGAGACUCUGAGUGCUUUUCUUCACGCAUUACGUCUUCAUUGGGUGGAAUUUCAGAACAAGUUUUAUCACGGUGAUGGCUACAAGUUCAAGCCAUUCUCCUUUGAGUUGUUAGCAGACGACGAUGAUUAAUACAACACAAGUUAACUGAACACUUCAUAGGGGCCCCCAAUUUUGGUCGGCUUUGUUUGUCAGUCAAGCAGCUAGCUAGCUGCAUCUAGCACAGGAGUUGUAAGUAGUGGCUAAGAAUUUUUUCUUCAGUGAAGUCUUACAAAAGGGAAUUGGGCUCGGGUCAUAGAUCUGUUUACUAAUGAAAUAGAUAUUUGUAUAUUUUUCUUAUACAUACAUGUCUUUUCAUCUUCUCCCCCAAAUAGGGGAUUGAGACACAGUUGUAAAGAAGGAACUUUUUUGCUCUAUUCAUGCACUUGUUUUAAUUUGGACAGUAGAGAAAAGAAGAAUGAAUUCAAUUCCUUAUAUAGAAGCUUAAGCCGUAUCAAGUUUGUUUUUGAA